UCGAAAUACGCGCUAUGAUACCGGCAACCGAUCCGGAUUUCAAGCCGUUGGACGCGUUCAAGUUGACGGGGCACGCGAGGACGAAUUUCGCGUGCUCCUACUCCCAAGACGAUCGGUUUUCGGUGGUGACGGACGGUGGGGUCUACGUAAUGGCGCUGAAACCGGACCUCGGCAGCAAUUCCCAGUCGUUCGGCUUUACGAAAAGUUUCGUUAAACCGUCCGCGUAUAACGCGUGCGACCACGUCGACAUGGACGUUAACGAGUUCCUGUACGAGCUCCCCAAAGACGACCUGUACGCGGCCGUGCUCCAGGUCGACCUUUCGGCCAAUUUGCGGAACGCCCAGGCGAUGGAGCCCGUGCCGUGCCGCGCGGAUUGGUCCCCCGCGGGGCUGGUCCGUAAAAAGGAUUGCCUGCUCACAGUGCUGACGAACUUGCACAGCUUGGAGGUUUAUUCGACCUAUGUUGACGAAAACAUGAUGACCCGCUACAAGUUGGCGUUGAACAUUACGGAGCGGCUCGCUGACUCCGAGAAACCCGCCUACAAAAACGGAAGCAAAAUCCCCAACGCGAAGGCUAAGUUUACAGAAUUCAAGAGGCGGGUGGAACAUGUCGCUCCUUCAGCGUUUUGCUGGUCGCAUGCCUUUAUGGUUGAGGACCGGACCUGCUCGGUGCUUUUUGUCGGCCAUUUCGACGGCUCGGUGACUUUUUGGAGGAUCUGGGCCGAGGAUUUCGACGUGAGGUGUCUGUUCUUGUGGCGGGCCGCCAUGAAACUCGGCCCCGUCAGCGCCGUCUAUUGGCACCAGACCAAGCCGUUCGGCGGAGGCCUGUGCGUGGGCGACAAGAGCGGGAGGGUCUCGGUUAUCCGCGUGGAGGGUGUGCAGGGUGAGGAAUUCAACGCGAGUGACGAGGUCGAACUGUGGUCCGAAACCGACGUGGCUGUGGACAAAAUCCUGGUCACGUCGUUUGAAAACCACACGUUGAUCGUCGUCGUCAAGCAGUGCCACGUGCUCUUCUUCGGGCUCGACAAAACGGGGGCCCUGUUUGAUUUGGUGACGCACAAUGUCGAACACUAUUAUGUAACUGGCGUCGCGUGUUCCCGGAACGUCCUCCACGUGCUGACGUUUACGGGGACGCUCAAAACGCUCAAAAUAUCCGUCAAACUGCACGACGUCGCCGUCGAGGAGGUCGCAACGACGCUCAAGCUCGACGCCAAGCGGCUGCGCACGCACGGCCUCGUCGCGUCCCCGAAUGGGGCUUUUUUGGGCGUCGCGUCGCACCCCUACCACCAGAAGGACCUCACCAACGGCAAACAGUUCGUUAACGUUCAUUUGUUUCACGACACUAACCUCCAACCGUUACGAUUACUGUUAGACAACCCGCAAAACACGGUGCGUCACCUUUGGGAUUGCUUCGAAACGCUGAGAGUGACGUCUCUAAAGGAGCAACGGUUCCCGUGGCUCGGCCUCGAUCCCGACCUCAACUACGACACUCUGAGCCCGGCGCGGCUCAAGACGCUGAUGCACGUCGCGCGGAUCUCCGAGACCGCGUACGGCGUCGUCCCCAAAGUGGUCACGUACGAUAUCAAGCCCUACGUGUUGCUGCACUACCUCGUCGACAUCAAGUGGGCUGUGACGCGGCUUGGCAAGCUGCUGCAGUCGGAUUGGGACAUGCUGAGCUUGUUUCAGAGGCGGAGCGUGUUCAUGCACAACUUUUUCCUCAAAACCGUCGUCGCGGGCGACGUCCUCGUCAAGGCUGGGGUCGGCGAGACUUUCGUGACUGAAAUGUGCCGCGUGAUGGCCGUGGCCAACGAGCUCGAGUACCCGGAGAUGAUGAGGUGUCGCCUGUGCGGCGAGAGGGUGUUGGGGCCGACGUGUUUGCCGCCGCAUGCAGACUCCAGGUGCUGCCUGUCGAUGAUGCCCCUGUUUUUGGUCCCCGCAUUUAGGUGCUCUUUGUGCGGCUCGAUGGCCCAUGAAGAGAUGGAACGGGAGUUCGACCCGAUAUGUUGCCCGUAUUGCGACGUGCCAAUGGAUAAAAUACGCGUCGGCGCGGAUCUGCGCCGGGAAGUGGCCGACGGAGACGACGUCCGAUCCCCGUGUAACGAAGAUUGCCUACUCGUCGACGACUACGAGGAUACUUGCGAAAACGACACGGAAUACGCCAUGGUUAGUGACGAUGAAGAGGGUGACACGCAGGAUCGCCAUCUUAGAGAUAUUUACGCGCGAAUUUCCGGUUUGACGUUAUGAUUCAGUGUCGGAAUAAAUUGUUUCUU